AUCGCAACCAACGCAGUCCAGUCACAUUGCUGAACUUCUCAGUCUCCAUCUUCUCCCGCCUCUUCAACUCCUACAUACCCAAGAACCCAGAACUGAAAAGCUCCCUACAUAACACUACAUCUUUUGACUUCGAAAUUUUUCAGCACUCGACGAAAUUAAUUUUAACGCCGUCUGUUGUCUGGUAAGCCUGAAAUGAUUGGUCGGGUUCCCUGUGUUCCUCGAUGACGUAAUCUGUGGUCUCAAACCAAUGUUCAAGGCCAGCGGUGCACAACAGUUUUUGAUCGCAAUCAAAUUCAACAAGUCUGCUGAGAUAUCAAGAUUGGUUUCCCUGGGUGUUGAUGUUAACGCAUGCGUAGAUGCGACCGGGAAAAAAGCCAUUCAUUUUGCCGUCCUCAAGAAUCAGUUAUCAUGCGUUAAAGCUUUGAUAACAGCCGGAAGUGACGUCGAUGCUCAAGACGAGAAUGGCCUUACGCCUCUUCACCGUGCUGUCGUGGACGGACACCCAUUCAUCGUGAGGACACUCGUUGAUGCUGGGUGUCAGGUGGACAAACAAGACGAGAAUAAAAAUACAGCGCUACACGAAGCGUGUUGGAAUGGACACAUUAACUGCGUACGUAUCCUACUGGAAGCAAAUGCUAAUGCAAAUAUUCACAAUAAGAACGGUUUUACUCCACUGCACCUUGCGUCUCAAAAUGGCCACCGUCCAACUGUCCAGGUUCUUUUGGACCAUGGUGCAUACUCCAUGUCCAAGAAUAACUAUGGCGACACACCUCUUCACCUGGCUGCUCGCUACGGACAUGAUCAAGUGUGUGUGACUUUACUAGCUGCAGGGGCCAUUGAUUCGCUACAAAACAACGUUGGAGACACACCUUUACACGACGCAGCACGUGUUGGUCAUGCUGAAGUAGCUGCGGUACUUCUCGACAGCGGAAAACUUAUUGCCGUUAAAAAUAAUGUUGGAGAAACAGCACGUGAUGUAGCUACGCGCCUUGGACACACAAACGUUUCCAAACUGAUACCAACCAACAGCUUACCGAGGCCUCUAAGAAGACAACGUCCCAAAAGUGCCGAUGUAACGCAACUAUAUGACAGCACAACCACCCUAGCUACUAGACCAACUUCAAUGCUUUUUGUACCAAUCCCCGUUCCUGGGAACCCUGUGCCUAAGAAACCAUGGCAAAGGAAGAACUACCUUAAAUACAUCAAUUGGAGGAACCAAAAGGAAGAAGAUGACAAGAAUGAAAAGAGGCGCAGUUGURUCUUGACAAAUGAGCUGCCUCUAAAGUUUGAGGAGAUGUGUUCCAUUGAGAAGCAAUACAGUAUGGCAAAUGGCAAACACAGGCCCACUCUGGACCAUAUGAACGAGAAGAAAACUGGACGAAAGCUUGCGGAAUCUUACGAAAAGACUUCUUUAUCGUCAACCUCGAGUUUCUCAAGUUUCUCGAGUUUCUCAAGCUUUGGUUCUGGAUUACUGAGACGAUUCAGCUUCCGUAAACGUGCACACAGCAAGGAAGGGCUGGACGAAAAGACCCCAGACCAACCAAAACUGGAAAAAYCCAAAAGCAAGAACAAAUUUCUUGGAUUAUUUCACAGUUCGAGCGACCCAGACCUCAAUCCAAAACAAAAAACGCGAAAAUCGUUUUUAAGACGCAAAAAGAACAACGAAAAAGAAGCCAAAGAUUCUCCGGAUGAAGCUUCAAGUGAAAUCUUGACUAAUCAUACAGAAAGACUUCCGGAUAAUUUACUUCCGGAUGGACCACUUUCGGACAAAUCACUUCCGGACAAAUCACUUCCGGACAAAUCACUUCCGGAUGGACCACUUCCGGAUGGACCACUUCCGGAUGGACCACUUCCGGAUGGACCACUUCCGGAUAAAUCGUUUCCGGAUAAUUUGGUUCAAGAUAAUGUGGUAGUGGAGAAUAAUGUUGUGGAUAAUUUCGAAAAUGCAUCACAAAAACACUCGCUUUUGGGCGAAACUUUACCUUUGGAUCCUUUAAAAUCUAUGUCAGUGUCUACACUUGGAUCURUGCAUCGGGUUGAUAGAAUUGACAUUGACCCAUUUCCUCCGGACGGCGAGGCAUGGAAACGAGCUAAGGACGUAUGGGAGAAAAAUGAAAUCGAGGAAACAAAAGAGAAAGAGAAGGAAAAGAGAAAAACGAAAGGGAAAAAGGAGCAUCAUGAUAAAAAACGGGAAGGAAAGGAAGAAAGGGAUGGGAAAUCUCGGCAGAGAUCGAAGAGUCGAGAGAAGGACAAAGAGCAUGCUGGGAAGGAACGGUCUGAUAGUAAAAAUAGAUCAAAGGAGAAAAAGAGACACGAGAAACUUGAACACGAUGAAGGUAAAUACGAGGAGAAGAGAAGUAAAGAGGACAAACAUAAGAAACACAAGUCACGAACCGAGAAACAUGGCGGUGGACACAAGCGUGAUACGCGCGAUAGUGAUAGUGAACUUGAUAAUAAACAUGAUCGCAAAACAGAUCGUAGGCAUAAGCAUAAGCCAAGAAUCGAGGAACAUGGUGGUGGGCACAAGCGUGAUAUGUCUCGUGAUUAUGAUAGUGACAGUGAACUUGAUAAUAAACACGUUCGCAAAACAGAUCGUAGACAUAAACAUAAGCCAAGAUGCGAGGAAGAUGGCGGUGGGCACAAGCGUGAUAUGUCUCGUGAUUAUGAUAGUGACUGUGAACUUGAUAAUAAACACCUUCGCAAAACAGAUCGUAAACAUAAACAUGAGCACAGGCAUAAAGAUUCGGAUCACGAUCGUACUCACGAUGACGCUCACGAACACGCACACGUUCGCACACUUGAUCGCGUUCACGCGAAGGAACACAAGCAUCAGCCAACGCACAAAGACGAUAAACAUACUAAAAAUAACGAAGAACUCCACAAACACUYCAAACACAAAGAACUAAAAUCCGAACACAAACACACCAAGAACCUCAAUCCUUACGCAGAAGACAAAAGAAAAAUCGAACUUGAUAAAGUUUGGCGAGAAUAUGAAUCUGGCAAGCGUUACCACUCGCAGGAGAAAGAUAUGAAGAAAAUCAUCGACCGUCUUGACGGUGUCGAGCGGUUCAGGAGGGAGGAGCGAAAUCGCAUGAGUGACAGGUCACAUGAUCGGUCCAGUGAUACGUCACAUGAGGCGGCCCACAGGAGUCGGAGUAGAGAGAGAAGGCGGAGGUCGAGGAGUAGAGAAAAACAUCGACAUGAAUCUGAUCAGGAUUCCAAUCACUCAAGCACUUGGCAGUACUCUCUUAGUAGAAUAGAAGCGAGACAAGAACAGUGCAAAGCUGAAAUCGACACAGCUCGACGAUCCAUCGAGCACCGCAUCAAACAGCUCGAAACGCGCUUCGAGAAACACUACUCCUCGUCCGAGAGACUCCCCGACCAACCGCGGGAAAAAUCCAGCGCAGAAGAACCACCUGCCUACAAAAAAAUAAUCGACCAAGUCGCAGACGAAUGCAGAGAGGUAACGCGGACCUUAGAAGUCAGGACCGAGGAGAUGAAAUCCGAGAUUGCGUCGGUGGUUCGAGAAGAGUUGACACACUUAGACGAAAGCCUGCACAGUCCUAACACUACUCCUUCUUCACCUGGACCAUUCUUUGGUGUGCGCGUGGUGGGGAACUUCCGAUGUGAGGAAACAACGACCGUAAAUCCUGGUAAAGUGAUUCAAGAUCAUGAUGAUGACAAGUCAAAGUUGACUAGUGUGACGUCAGUGGAACCUAUAUCAUCAGCAGACGAGAGUAUGGUUACGGUUAUAGAAGAGAACAGCAGAAUAACAAAAACGACACCAAAGGACUGCGCAGACGCGGAAUCCCAUUCAACUCUCUCAUCACGUGAUUUCCAAGUACGUGUCAGCCAAUCAGGUGCCUUAGACACGCUGAACGAACCUUCAGGGCAGAAACAUAGUGUUUCAUCGACAUGUGAUUCAGGAAUCUCAGCAGACCAUCCCACGUCACCUAUACAUCUAAGAUCGCCGGGGAUAGAGAACCUCCACGAGUUGUCCCUAGAGAAUUUUGAAGAUGAGGCUCAUUGUGACGAAACUCAUGAGGAAGAGGGACACGAUUGCAAUGGUACACCGGAGUCCCUACAAGAAGUGUACCGCCGUAAGAUCAAGGAGACAGAGGCUCGUUGUCAGGAGAGGGCUCUCGAAGAGAAAGAAAUAUUGUACCGACGAAUUAAUGAGCUGGAAUCGAUGUUACUGGCCUCGCGUGAGGGGAAGGGUCAGUAUGUGUGAAUAAAUCAUGACGUAGUCAAAUCGAAUAAUGACGUCGAUCUACAUAUGCCUUACCAGUACAUAUCGCACCAAUGUUGACAUGACCAAGGAUGAUGACGUAAGGUAGAUGUAUCACAUAUUACAUCGUGACCUAGACAUGACGUAAUUACGACGUAUAUCACAGAACAUCGCGGCUUACAUAUGACGUAAUAUAUGUAUAUUCGUCUAUCUUCAUCAAAUUUAAGUCGCUAUGGCAACUAUGAGGUAUGCAUGAGUGAUGUCAUCAUACAAUAGAAGUAAAGACGCCGCUUUUAAAUGGUGAAUGAGGUUAUACGUAUCUUUAUAACAGGUUGUUAAAGUGAUAGGGGGUAAGGGUGUUAGCUGUUUUGAACCUAGUUGGAAUGACACGGAUGAAAAACGUCUGCGCAUGCUCUGAAUCGRUAUGAAAACUAGUCAAAGUAUAUGUAAAUUAGACUUUCAAGCAUGUCUAAUAAAUUGGACUUCACAAAUGCCAAAACUUAGUGUCCAUGCUUGAAACUUAAGACUAAUUCUUUCAUCUUGUAUUUUUUUAAUACGGUAUCUUGGUCUGACAAAAGUAAACUCCCGAAAAUGUUAUGUAUACUCGGAGAAAACAAACAUUUAUUUUCUCACUCAAACUACUCUUCAAAAUUCUUAGAAAACGUGUUGAAAUGCACGCAUGCGCAAACGUUUUUCUCUAGUGUCAGUUGGGAUUCAUUAUUGGUAUUCAUUAGAAUCCAGAGUAAAGCAGAAUGAGGCGUAAAGUAUUUUGAAAACAUAUACUAUACUAGACCAGACUUCCUUUGAGCUCCCUUACAUACAGUUGUACCAUAGCUGUUCCUCUUAGUCUAAAGGACCUUCCAUUCUUUGUUGCCUUUCGGGGGGUAGGGGUCGGGUUGGAAUUUUUGUUGAAAUAUCCUAAAGAUAAACUGACCAGCCCAAAUGGCAAUAUCUUUUUAUGACUCCUCCCCCCCCCCCCCCCUCAAUAGUGGGGUCGUUACUCUCAUGUUUGUGUGAUCCCCCUAGUAGUUUGAUUCUCAGAUUCCACCCAAAAUCUGCAAACCCCGAAAGCCUCGUUAUAUUGACAAUGAUAGGUUUUUGAUAGGUUUGAAACAGCAGUGAUAUAACUGAUCCCCAUUCAAUUGUCUAAAAUAUUUGCGUUCCCAACACCCUAAAUCCUCGUAGCCCCCUCCCCCUCAGGCGAUAGACGUCUACCCCCUACCCCUCUAGGUGAUAGAUGGUAUUAAGUAAUUAAACAGAUGUGUGAAUAGAAAAAUUGACCACGAUAAAAAAUGCAUAUGAUCAUGUACAUAUAAUGAUGAUUAUUCUUGAUGUUUUUGAUAUAGAAACAUAGAAUAUUUACGCCCAAAAGAAUACAACAGUAUUUAAGAGGAAAUAAUUGAUAUAACAAGUGUUUUUGAGCAAGUAAAUUUUUAGAAAAAUUUAUCAUUAAAAAAGCAAAAAUUCUUCAAUAAAAAUUUCCAUAGAACAUUCAUUAUCUUACCCCUAUCUACGAAGUGACUUUUUCAUACUCCAAUAAUAGAGGGUGUUCAACGAGACCAAGGGAGCAGGGUACACUGGGAUACCUGGGGGGGGGGGGGGAAGUUUACCAGAGUUCUUCAUUUACAAAUAUUCAAAUCAAAAGAAUUUAUCAUUGUAAAAAACGUACUUCAAACGAAUAUCCUCAGCUGAAUUGAUUUCCAUUUUGAUGUGUUUGUCUUUCACUUUGCACUUUGCACGGAUUAAAUGCCCAGCAUAGCAGUU